AUGGAUCCUUCAAAGCAGGAUGGAUGUAGUGCAACACAUAUAUUCAAAGCUCGCCCUCUGAAUAAGAAGAUCUUCUCAAGUAGAGGAGAAAUGGGUGUUUUUCGAAAUAGCAAGCGGGAAACCACAGUGCCAAUGGAAUUUAAUUUUCAUACGGAGAAGAGGUUUCAACAUAAUCCACCCAUAGAUCUUUUCAGUAAGAUGGUGCAUUUGGUGAAAGAAAGGCAAUCUAUGUUUGAUGGAAAGCAGCAGAUUCAAUAUGGGAGCAAUGUGGGCACCAAUGAAGUCGGAAACCAAUUGAGUAGGAGGGAGUGGGAGUAUGAUGGGUAA